UUGGCGACAUUAAUUGACAAUUCGUCAGAAAUGUCAGGGACUUUGUUGUGGUUGUCUCGCUACUGUCCCUGAUCAUUUGUAGGGGAAGAUGGACAUAAAUUCGCCAAUAUGUCGUGUCUGCAUGCAACACGCCAUGGAGCUUAUUGACUUCGAAGACGGAAUCGAAGACGGUUCCACUCUCACAGUCCUUGAUAGCUUCAACUUCUGUACUCAGCUCAGCGCGACAAAGGAUGACGAGUUGCCCAAGCAUCUGUGCACCAGCUGCGGCGAUGAACUACGGAAUGCUUUCAAUUUCGUGCGAAAAGCACAGGAGGCUGACACUGCUCUUCGCCAAAAAAUCAAAGAAGAAAUCAGUCAAGAAACUGCGUAUGUUAUCGUUCAGACGGAGGAUAAUUACGAUGGAGAAUUACUACCAGUCAAGGAAGGCGAUUUGAAGGGAGAUAACGAUGAUGUGAUAGACAUCCUGUACACAAUUGAAGACGUUGAACUUAGUAACGAGGACAAGACUCUGGAGAGGAUCCCCACUUUCUGCAUUGAACGCUUAGAACAUGGAGAAGUGCUCCCUGAUGAUAAUCCAGAGGGAGGCGACAAAGCCCGCGACUCUAUACCGAGGUUCAGCUGUAGCCAGUGCUCAAAACUGCUCGUAUCCCAAGCAGAUUUGGAGCGACACUUGAAAACAGUUCACGUAGAAAAUAAGCUGCUUUGCAAUAUAUGUGGGAAAACAUGCUCAUCUCGUAACACACUGAAUACACAUUUAAAUCAGCAUAAGGGAAAAACGCCUUUCUCAUGUCAGCAAUGUAACAAAACGUACUUCACAAAAAAUGGUUUACAACUGCAUAUAUCGGCUAUGCAUUCAGAAACUAAGCGUGACAAAUUUUUGUGUUCUAUCUGUGGCAAGGGAUUCGCUACAAAACAACGGUUGGAAAUCCAUCACCUAAGUCAUACCGGAGAAAAAAACUACGAUUGUUAUCUUUGUGAAAAGAAAUUCGCCACUUCAUUCCGACUGCGGGCUCACCUACGUAUUCAUGCAGGUGAAAAGCCAUAUCAAUGCCAAACAUGUGGAAUGAGAUUGACACAACGCAAUGCUCUACGGUGUCAUGAGCGUAUCCACACAGGCGAAAAGCCAUUCGAAUGCAAAGUUUGUGGCAAACGAUUCAAUCAGGGUACAAUAUUGAAAACUCAUAUGACCCUCCAUACAGGCAAAACCGUUAAAUGCCCUCAAUGUGAUAAGAAGUUCAGCCGUCCAUCCUGUUUGAUCCUCCAUCAACGAGAACACACUGGCGAGAAGCCUUAUGUUUGCUACAAGUGUCCGAAAGCAUACAAACAGAAAAGUCAUUUGGAUCGUCACUUGGACACGCACUUUGGCGUCAAGCACAAAUGUGAUAUUUGUGAUAAGGAGUAUUCCAAGCGUUCCUCGUUAAAAAUUCACAUGUUCGAACAUACCGACGACAAGCCAUUCCAGUGUCUUGAUUGCAUGGAAAAAUUCGCACGAAGAGAUAAGUACAAAGCGCACUUGAAAAAGGCGCAUAACAAAAUAUUGGUUAAAAAUGAAGUGAAAGAAGUCGUGAAACUCGACAACUGUACGGAAGCAGUAAUAAGUAACAAUAAAGAGAUAAUUGUUGAAAUUCAGGAUAUCAUUGGUGAUGAUAGUAGUAACGUUAGUGACACUAUUAAUUAUAAAACGAUUAGGAUAGAAAUUUUCAAAUUGACCAUAAAGUGUAGAAAAGGACAAACAUUUCAAAUUCAGGAGCAGAAAGGAGGAAGUUGUGGAACGUUCCGAGGGAGAAUGGACGGACAUUCACCAAAGUGCCGUGUCUGUAUGCAGCAAACUAUGGAAUAUAUCGAGUUGGGAGACGAAAUCGAUGACGGUUCAUUCCUCACAGUCCUUGAUAUCUUCAACGUCUGCACUCAACUGAGCGCAUCGAAAGAUGACGAGUUGCCCAAGCAUCUGUGUACCAGUUGCGGCAAUGAACUAAGAAAUGUUUUCAGAUUCGUACAAAAGGCUCAAGAGGCCGACACUAUUCUCCGCCGAAAAAUCAAAGAGGAAAUCAUCGAAGAAGUUGAGCUUUCGAAUGUCCAGGAUGACUGCAAUUAUGGUGAAGAGUUACUGGCAAUCAAGAAGGAGGAACUAAUGAUAGACGACAGUGAUGAAAAUGGCGAAGAUUUCAGCGAGGACGACGAAUGUGGCAACGAAGAUGACCAAGUUAGUAACGAGUAUCAAAUGUUAGAGGAGAUCCCCACAUUCAGCAGUGAGCGUUUAGAGGAAGAAUCGUCCCAGGAGAAUAAUCUGGAGGUAGACGAUGAAACUCGUGACUCGAAUGCGGAAUUUAGUUGUAGUCAGUGUGGAAAGUUGCUCGUAUCGCAAGUGGCUUUCGAAAGACAUUUGAGGAUGGUCCAUGGGGAUAAUGAACUGCUUUGCAUUAUUUGUGGGAAUUUGACUUCUUCCCUCCAGGAACUCAAAAUACAUUUGUUUAGGCAUAAGGGAACAGCGCCAGUCAAGUGUUAUAUAUGUAAUCAAUUUUAUUUCUCAAACGGUAGUUUACGACAUCAUGUGGCGACUGUCCAUUCAGGGAUUAAGCGUGAGCCAUUUUUGUGUUCCAUUUGCGGCAAGGAAUUGUACUCGAAACGGGGUUUGAAAGCUCACCAACAAAGUCACACCGGAGAGAAAAACUACGAUUGUCAUCUUUGUGAAAAGAAAUUCAAUGCUUCAGUCGCCCUGCAGGCUCACUUACGUAUUCAUUCGGGUGAAAAACGAUAUCAAUGUCAAACAUGUGGAAUAAAGUUUACAACAUGCAGUGGCCUACGGAGUCAUGAGCGGAUUCACACAGGCGAAAAACCAUUCGAAUGUAAUAUUUGUGGGAAGCGGUUCAUUCGGGGUUCAGAAUUGCGGACACAUAUGACCCUUCAUACCGGCAAACCUUUUAAAUGUCCUCAAUGUGAUAAGAAAUUCAGCCGUCGAUGGCAUUUAACCCAGCAUUUACGGGAUCACGAUGGAAGACCUUAUGCUUGCACCAAGUGUCCCAAAAUAUUCAGCAACAAAAGUAAUUUUGAUUUUCACUUGGAUGCUCACGCCAAAAAGAAGCACAAAUGCGAUAUUUGCUCGAAGGAGUACACCACGCGUUCUAUAUUAAAAUUUCACAUGUACGAACAUACCGACAACAAACCGCACCAGUGUGUUGAUUGCGGGGAGAAAUUCAUACGGAGGGAUAGGUACAAACGGCAUUUGGAAAAGAUGCAUAGCAAAAUAUUAGUUAAAGGUGAAGUGAAAGAUGUGGUGGAACUCGAUAACUGCUCUGAAGCAGUGAUAAGUAAUAACGAGAGGUAGUCGUUGAAGAUCAGAAUAUUAUUGGCGAUAAUAAUAAAGAUGUGAAAUGGCUGAAGUAGUUGAAC